CUUAGUGACGUCACGUGAUGAGCAGCCAAUCGCGACGCGCUCUUCUCUAUAAAGCAUUUGCCCGCUGGACUCCUCAGCACUCCUCAGCAGCUAAUUGACUCUGGAUAGACAAAAUCAUUCGAGAAGAGGGGAAAUAUUCGUCCGAUCGCUCUGAGUAACCUGUUCACCGCCUGCAAAGAUCACUGAAGACGACGAUGCCUCUAACGGUUCUUCCCCUGCUGGGCCCGAUCUCAGUGUCCGAGAGCCUGGUGGCCAUCAUCACCAUAUGUGUGGUGUAUCUGCUCAUGCGCCUCAUGCGCACGAAGAUUCCCGAGGGGCUCCAGAAGCUGCCGGGGCCGAAGCCUCUUCCCAUCAUCGGGAAUGUGCUGGAGGUGGGAAACAACCCACAUCUGAGCCUGACGGCCAUGAGUAAGUGCUACGGCCCCGUCUUCCAGAUCCAGAUCGGCACACGUCCCGUGGUGGUGCUCAGCGGAAACGACGUGAUCCGUCAGGCUCUGCUCAAACAGGGCGACGAGUUCUCCGGGCGUCCGGAUCUGUACAGCAUGAGGUUCAUCAGCGACGGCAAGAGUCUGGCCUUCAGCACGGAUAAGGUGGGAGUGUGGCGCGCCCGGCGGAAGCUGGCCCAGAGCGCCCUGCGGACCUUCGCCACGGUGCCGAGCUCCGAGUAUUCCUGCGCUCUCGAGGAGCACAUCAGCAAAGAGGGACUCUAUCUGAUCGAGCGUCUUCACACCGUCAUGAAGGCCGACGGGAGCUUCGACCCUUUCCGCCACAUCGUGGUGUCCGUGGCCAACGUGAUCUGCGGAAUAUGCUUCGGCCGCCGCUACAGCCACGACGACGACGAGCUGGUGGGAUUGGUCAACCUGAGCGACGAGUUCGGGAAGAUCGUGGGAAGCGGGAACCCUGCGGACUUCAUCCCUUUCCUGCGCAUCCUUCCCAGCACAACGAUGAAGAAGUUUGUGGCCAUCAACGCUCGCUUCAGCAAAUUAGUGCAGAAGAUCGUCAAGGAACAUUAUGACUCCUUCGACAAGAACAACAUCCGUGACAUCACCGAUUCGCUCAUCGAACACUGUGAAGACCGCAAGCUGGACGAGAACUCAAACGUCCAAGUGUCCGAUGAGAAGAUCGUGGGGAUCGUCAAUGACCUCUUCGGAGCGGGUUUCGACACCAUCAGCACGGCUCUGUCCUGGGCUCUCGUCUAUCUAGUGUCCUACCCUGAGAUCCAGGAGCGACUGCAGAGAGAGCUGAAUGAAAAGAUCGGAAUGGAUCGUACGCCGCGUUUGUCCGACAGAACGGACCUGCCGUAUCUCGAGGCCUUCAUCCUGGAGAUCUUCCGUCAUUCCUCGUUCCUUCCGUUCACCAUUCCUCACUGUACGUCUAAAGACACGUCACUCAACGGAUAUUUCAUUCCCAAAGACACCUGUGUGUUCGUAAACCAGUGGCAGGUCAACCAUGACCCGGAACUGUGGAAAGAUCCGUCGAGCUUCAACCCGGACCGCUUCCUCACCGCGGACGGCACGGACCUCAACAAGAUGGAAGGAGAGAAGGUGCUGGUGUUCGGCCUGGGGAAGCGGCGCUGCAUCGGAGAGUCCAUCGGACGAGCCGAGGUCUUCCUGUUCCUGGCCAUCCUGCUCCAGAGGUUAAAGUUCAGCGGGAUGCCCGGAGAAAUGCUGGACAUGACCCCGGAGUACGGGCUGACCAUGAAGCACAAGCGCUGUCUGCUGCGGGUCACGCCGCAACCCGGCUUCGAGCUCCACAGCUACGCGUCGUGAUCCAGGCGGAAGGUCGUCGGAGUUUGAGCUGGAAUCCGCAGCGCCGUCGGCUCGAGUGGAAAGCCGGCCGUCGGCUCGCAAUGCCAAAUAUUUGAAAGAUGUUCGUAUCAGUUCUGAUGCAUCUGGUGCAGUUAUUUCAGAGUCUUCAUCACCUCUAUCUUCUCUGUUCUCACGUCCGUAUGGGUUCAUGCUGAUGCUGAUAACAUAUUUGUGCUUCCAGAUAUAGUGCCGAGAUAAGAGUCUCAAUCCAGUGCCUUCUGUUCUCAUAAGCUCAACACACACUGAAGCUAGUUUCUGUUCGAUUACUAUCCCAAAAUGUGAUCCACGUGUAAAUAUACAGCCGUGUGCCUGAUCUUAAGUUUGUACAGAUUUUUUUUUUGUAUUCAUCAAGGUGCUUCUGGACAUUCAAUAUUAUUCUCCAUCAAAUUUUCCUCCCUGAAACUCCUUAUCAGGUUCUUGCAUAAUGAAGGAUUUUAACGUCUGAAGUUCAACAAUAAGUAAUUCCUGCAGAUGUGCUCUCAUAUCAACUCAAUGUUUUUGCAUAACAUAUUUAUGAUUGCCAAAUGAAUAAUAAAACUUUUAUUGUGAA